AUGAAUAAGCAACACUCAAGAGCGAAAAGAAUAGAAUACCGAGAAACUCUGUGGCAGGUUAUUUUCAGACGGAAAAAAGAGGAUGACGUAGACGAACCGGAUAAAAAUAAAUUGGCCAGGGUUCUCAAUCUGGUGGACCUGACAGCACUUGGCGUUGGAUCCACUUUGGGAGUGGGCAUUUAUGUGCUUCCAGGAGACGUUGCCAGAAUAGAAGCCGGCCCGUCCGUUGUGCUGUCAUUUGUUUUGGCUGCCGUUGCGUCGGCAGUCGCAGGACUAUGCUACGCAGAAUUCGCAGCGAGAGUGCCAAGAGCCGGGUCUGCCUACGUUUACAGUUACGUCGGCGUGGGCGAAUUCGUCGCGUUCGUGAUCGGAUGGAACCUGAUACUCGAAUACGUCAUCGGUACUGCUAGCGUCGCUAAAGCUUUGAGUAAUUACAUCGACGCGAUAUUGGACUACCCUAUAAAAACCACGAUGACCUAUCUCUUCCCCAUGAAUGUUAGUUUUUUGGCCGACUACCCAGACAUGUUAUCGUUCAGCCUCGUGCUACUAUUAUCGGUUAUAUUGUCAUGGGGAGUCCGCGAAUCUACAAUGAUCAACAACUUGUUUACCGUCGUUAAUUUAUUGACCGUUAUCAUGGUCAUUGUAUCCGGAUUAUUUAAAGUUAAUUUGUACAAUUGGAGUAUACCGAAACAAGACAUCCCGAAAAGCGCGAAAGGCGGCGAAGGCGGUUUCAUGCCUUUCGGGUGGGCCGGAGUGACUGCGGGGGCUGCCAAAUGUUUCUACGGGUUCAUCGGUUUCGACUCCAUAGCUACUACGGGAGAAGAAGCGAAAAAACCAAAACGUGAUAUACCGUUGGCAAUCAUACUGUCGUUGAUCAUCAUAACGACUGCAUAUUGCUGUAUCAGUUCGGUUUUAACUCUGAUGUGGCCGUAUUUUGAUCAGGACAUCGACGCGCCGUUCCCGUACGUCUACGAUCAACUUGGUUGGACGACGUUGAAAAUGAUUGUUUCAUCCGGUGCUAUAUUUGCUAUGCUUGCCAGUCUCUUAGCGAGCAUGUUCUCGAUGCCUAGGAUUCUAAUGACCAUGGCUGAAGACGGUCUCAUAUUCAGUAUGUUCUCGACCAUUCAUCCGAAGCUUAGAACACCAUUGUUUUCCACACUGUUGUCGGGACUUUUCGCCGGUAUUAUCACUGCGCUUUUGAACCUUGAUCAACUGAUGAAUAUGAUGUCGAUCGGCACGUUGUUGGCGUACACGAUCGUGUGCAUUUGCGUGCUGAUGUUGAGGUAUAAAAACGAUUUGGACUGCAACGAACCGGAGACUAGUGGUUUCGUCAAGACGUUAGGAAAGUACUUUAACCUGUCCAACAUCGAUAACACCAACAAAGACACCGAGCGCAUUUCCACGACCAUCAUUGUGUCGUACACUUGCUUGUCCAUUCUAUUUAGCUUCGUAAACGUACAACAAGAGUGCUUUGCAACCAUCUAUCCUUGGUGUGACGAAAAUGACAGUAACGUCACGGACUUUCAACAAGGUUGCGUUAUAAACACCAACAAUGCCACAACUCCCUUCGAAGAGGCGUGCGUCAAUAACAGCAUCGUAACGUACACGAACGUCAUUGUGGCCACCGGACUGUUGCUUCUGAUGCUGUUACUGACCAGACAGCCCCAAUCAAAAAAACAACUUUCGUUCAAAGUCCCGCUGGUUCCACUCAUACCAUGUAUUAGCAUCUUAAUGAACGUUUACUUGAUGACGAAACUUGACCUAAUCACCUGGAUCCGUUUCAGUAUUUGGUUGGCGAUUGGACUAUUCGUGUACGUACUGUACGGAAUGAAAAACAGUGUCGAGGGUCUAAGGCAGAAAGAAAAGUCGAAAAGGAGUCUGCCGAGCUCUGUUGAGCUGGUAGACCAGUUAUAUACCACUUAUUUAUAGUUAAAUAUCCUCUGGCUAGUAGUACCGAUCCAUCAUAAUCCUUCCUAUGAAUGCGGUAUCCUCUCAAUCACAUUCUAGCUGAAGAGCAAUACCGGCCCAGAACUAACUCUUUUUAUAUUAUUUUUUU